UUUGAGAUGGACUAGGAACUAGACCUGGAGCACCGUGGUUUCCGUGGUUUAACUAGUCAAAGGAUCAUUGCUAUACAUAAAUGAAAUGCUUGGGAAAGUAUCUAGAGGGAAAGACAAUAGGGCACACUACGUCCUUUUGGUAAUUAUGACUGCAUUCAUGAUUGAAACCAAGUAGCGUAUUUGAUGGAUUGUUUAGCUAUGACUUUCAAGGCCUUCGACCAUCACCAUCAUCUCCAUGUACAUAAGAGUAAGUUUGUUUGGACAAUUAGGAGGAAUACUGGAUUACCAAAUUACGCAGCCUUCAAAAUUUUCAAACAUGGUCAAGAAAAACCCUCCCAACCUUGAGCUUCUUCUGUCUAUCUUUUUCUUCUUUCUUUGUUCAUGGAUGUCCUUGGCCAUGGCACAAAACAAAACCAUCCCAGUAAAUGUAGGGGUUGUUCUUGAUGACCUUAAUUCAAGGAAUGGGAAGAUUUGGUUGAGUUGCAUCAAAAUGGCCCUCUCAGACUUCUAUGCUUCUCAUGCUAACUACAAAACUAGGCUGGUUUUGAACACCAGGGACUCCAAACAAAAUGUUGUGGGUGCAGCUAAGGCAGCUGUAGAUCUAAUAAAGAAUGCAGAAGUGCAAGCAAUCCUAGGACCAGUGACAUCUACGCAAGCAGGCUUUCUUAUUAACCUUGGAGACCAAGUUCAUGUGCCCAUCAUAUCAUUUUCUGCAACAAGCCCUUCUCUUAAUUCACUUCGGAGCUCCUACUUCUUUCAAUUUGCACAGAAUGACUCAUCCCAAGUGAAAGCCUUAAGUGCUAUUGUAAAAGCUUUUGGAUGGAGGCAAGUUGUGCCUGUCUACAUAGAUAAUGAGUUUGGGGAGGGAGUCAUACAAUUUUUAACUGAUGCCCUGGAAGAGGUUGAUGCCCGUGUCCCCUACCGGAGUGCCAUUUCCCCGUCAGCCACUGAUGGCCAAAUUCUUGAAGAGCUUUACAAGUUAAUGACAAUGCAAACUAGAGUCUUCAUUGUCCACAUGAGGACGGAUCUAUCAUCUAGGUUAUUUGCAAAGGCCAGAGAGAUUGGAAUGAUGACCGAAGGCUAUGUUUGGCUCACUACUAAUGGUAUACCUAAUGAAUUAAGGUAUCUAAAUUCUUCUAUCAUCAGUUCCAUGCAAGGUGUAUUGGGUAUACAAACUUAUGUUCCACAAACAGCAAAGCUUGAAGAAUUCAUGCCACGGUGGAAACGACAAUUCCAACAAGACAAUCCAACCAUCAUUGAUGCCUCAUUGGAUGUUUUUGGACUUUGGGCUUAUGAUUCUGCUUUUGCAUUAGCCAUGGCAAUUGAAGAAGUUGGAACUGCAACCUUUGGCUUCCAAAAGACAAAUGCUUCCUUCAACUCAGCAGUUCUUGAAAGUUUUGAGGUCUCUAAAUAUGGUCCAGAACUUUGCCAAGCCUUGUCAACUACUAGAUUUGAAGGGAUCGCUGGAGAUUUCGGCCUUGUUGAUGGACAACUUCAAUCAACAAAUUUUAAGAUAGUUAAUAUAAAUGGUGGUGGAGCAAGAGGAAUUGGAUUUUGGACACCACAGAAUGGACUGGUGAAAAAAUUGGGCUCAUCAGCAAACUCAAGCAUAUUUUCAACUCCUAAGCGCAAACUUGGACUUGGACCCAUUAUAUGGCCAGGAGAUUCUCUCUCUGUUCCCAAGGGAUGGGAGAACCCAACAAGCGGCAAGAAAUUGAGAAUAGGAGUUCCUGUGAAGGAUGGCUUUACGGAGUUGGUUAAGGUAACGAAGGAUCCUAGCACUAACAUGACAGAUGUGACUGGGUUCAGUAUAGAUGUUUUUAAGGCUGCAGUGGAAAUGUUACCGUAUGCUCUACCUUAUGAGUUCAUUCCCUUUGCAAAGUCUGAUGGAACCAGUGCUGGCACUUACAAUGAUUUGGUCUACCAAAUAUAUCUUGGGAACUUUGAUGGUGUGGUGGGAGAUACAACAAUUAGAGGAAAUAGGUCAUUGUAUGCAGACUUUACCAUGCCAUACACAGAAUCUGGUGUAGUAAUGGUUGUGCCAGUCAUAGACAUGAGAAACCAAAAUGCAUGGGUUUUCUUGAAGCCUUUGACAUGGGACCUUUGGCUAACAACUUGUUGUUUCUUCUUCUUUAUUGGUUUUGUGGUUUGGGUUCUGGAGCAUCGAAUCAAUGAAGACUUCCGUGGCACUCCAUCACAUCAAGUUGGCACCAGUGUCUGGUUCUCUUUCUCAACCAUGGUUUUUUCACAUAGGGAGAGAGUGGUUAGUAACUUGGCCAGAUUUGUGAUGGUCAUAUGGGUAUUUGUGAUGCUAAUACUGACUCAAAGUUACACGGCUGGUCUAGCGUCACUAUUAACUGUCCAGCAACUCCAGCCUAGUGUUUCAGAUAUAAAGGAUGUUCUAAGAAACGGGGAUAACGUGGGCUACGCAGAGAAUACUUACAUCUACAGACUCUUGAAACAAGUAGGUUUUGAUGAUUCCAAGAUAAAGAUGUUUCAAUCUUUUGAAGAGUGUGAUGAACUUCUUUCAAAAGGAAGUGCAAAUGGUGGUAUUUCUGCUGCUGUUGAUGAAACCCCCAGCAUGAAGCUUUUUCUCGCAAAAUAUUGUACCAAAUAUACCAUGAUCGGACCCAUCUUUAAAGCUGCUGGAUUUGGUUUUGCCUUUCCAAAGCGUUCUCCUCUUAUAACCGAUCUUUCACGGGCAGUCCUAAACGUGACCGAAGGAGAGGUGAUAAUGAACAUUGAAAACAAAUGGUUUAGUGUAGAAAAGAAUUGUGUAGAUAACUCAAACCCAAAGGUGGCUAGCUACAGUCUUGACCUUGCUAGCUUUCGGGGCCUCUUCCUCAUUGCCGUGGUGGCUUCGAUACUAGCUCUCAUCAUAUGCGUAGCUUCCUUCCUUCACAAGCAUAGGCACAUCUUGAUGCGCCCUGAUGAUUCAAGAGCCUCUGGAUGGAGAGGGAUUCGAGCCAUGUUCAAGAUGUUCAAUGAGAAAGAACUCAGCUCUCGUAUGUUUAAGAGCCCUCAACAGAGAGAUGGCAUCACUGGUGCUGGUGAUGAAGUUAGUGCUGCUGCUUCACCAAACAACAACUGGCCAGAAAGUCCACGCAGCUAUAUUUCGAACCACGCAGACUUUGCAGAGCAAGCAACACCAUCUACUGGUCAAGUAUCUCCAGAAAUAGUUUCAGCUGUUGACCAUGAGCAUGCUAUCACAAUUGCAAGAACUUGCUGAAGCAGCUUAAUAAUACAGUUAAUAUAAAUUUUCCCACUUCUGGUGUGACUUGUAUACACAAAUAUCAUCCAUGAUUUUGUAUUGAUACAUUAAGUCAGAUGGUCUUGUUAUACACAGAGUCUCCUGGGAAAAGUAGCAUUGUAUAUAACUUCUCUGAAGAAAAAAAAGAGUCCUGUUUGGCCUGUGGAGGGUCACCUGCCAAUGCUGAAAGCGGAAAAAGAGUGAUGGCGAAAAAAAGAAAGAACAAAUACAAGGUUUUGAUGACUUCAAGCUUAAGGUUUUUAAAUCUGUGGAAGAAUGUGAUGAACUUCUUUGAAAGAAGCAGAGUGAGUGCAAAUGAUGGCAUUAGAUGGGUUCAUAUGCUUGAUUUCUUAAAAAGAAAAAAAGAGAAAGGAAUGAGUUUGGCCUUGCAUUGUUAAAUGAUGGUAAACAAUUAUAUUAUAAUGAAUGAUCUAUGAAGUUUCAUUCA